AUGCUUCGCAUCUACAAGUCAGUUUGCCCCCCCUUUCCCCCAUGCUCCCAUGCCCCCCAUGCCCCACCUGCACACUACGCCCUGCGCCCCUCACCAGCUGCUGCCUUGAUACUCAGUCAGAUCUACGAUUUCUCAUUCCAACUCACUCCACCAAGCAAUAUCAACGCUGCUGCCGCUGCCACGUCAGCUGCUGACGUCAUCCCGGGUCGUGCCAUGUCGUUCGCCAGCUAUCCCGGCCGUCUGUUUUCCGGCGACGAUUUUUACAUCACCAGUGCCAAGCUGGCCAUUCUGGAGACUACCAUAGGGAAUAACAACGCUGAUCUGUACCGACGCUACGUGCGGGCCAAUGGCACGGUCUUGGAGUGGAUUCGCAACGUGGUGGCGAACCGGGUGGCGAGCAGCGGGCGGCAAUGGGUGGACGUAUUCUCGCGGCACAACAGCGGCACGUACAACAACCAGUGGAUGGUGGUGGAUUACAAGCGCUUCCACCCAGGCCUGCCUCCCCCGGAUCACACCCUCUGGGUGGUCGAGCAACUGCCAGGGCACAUAGCAGCAGAGGAUAUGAGCUCCCAUUUGCGAUCGGAGGGCUACUGGGCGUCAUACAACAACCCAGCCUUCCCUGCCAUCUUCAACCUCAGUGGAUUCGCCGAUCUGGAGCGGCGCCAUGGCUCGUGGUUCUCCCACUCGCAGUGCCCUCGAGCCAAGCUGUUCCGCAGGGACCACUGCAAGGUGGUGGACGUGGCAUCACUGCAGCGCCUCAUGCGCUACAAUGACUUCAGGCGUGACCCACUCUCCGCCUGCAACUGCACCCCGCCCUACUCUGCAGAGAUUGCAAUUGCCGCACGUGGGGAUUUAAACGAGGCGGGUGGGAAGUAUGAGUUGCCGUUCCUGGGCCUCAGGGACCAUGCAGAGACCGACUCCAAAAUAACCGGGUACCACAUGUUACAGCACAGCCUGGCAGCACUGGCAAUAAGUGGGCCCACAUACGACCAGCAGCCGCCAUUCCAAUGGAGCAAAUCACCCUUCGCUAACGUCUCCCAUCUGGGCCAUCCGGACCUCUUUCUCUUCCCAUGGCUCGCCAUCAACUAUGGCACAGAGGGCACCCACACCAGCACCAGCACAGAGGGCACCGGCACCAGCCCCAGGGGCAGCCGACUGUCUGUGCAUGUUCAACCCGAGCCACAGCAGCCGGGCACAGCCAACAUGUAG